GUGGCGGAGGAGAGUGACACAUCACCGAGGAAGAAAGAUAACUUUCUCUCUCGCGGCUCCCUUGCUUUGCUUCUGUUGGUACUGGCAGGAAAAAAUUUGGCCGGAGGACGAGGAAUUUGGAAUGAAUGAAGGAGCAGUGACCAGCAAGGCCGCCGGUUACAAUUAAUUCAGUCAUAGCGAUCGAUCGCCCGCGCUACCCCACAUUCUCCGAGAGCUAGCUAGGCAGAGCUUAGCUAUGGUGGAUUUGAGGUAGAAUUCACUCGGCUAUGGUGGAUUGAGGAGCGCUAGAUGGUCGCUGGCUCUUCUUGAGAGGAGGAGUGAUACUUGAAUCAGCGAUGAAGGUCCGACCAGAGGUCCAAGAUGCUUGGAUCCAGCUCCAAUCCAUUUGCUCCACCCGGUUCCAGUCCUCCUGGGCGGUUCUACCGCACACCGAGAACGCGAUCACUUGCAUCCUCAAGCUCGCCUUCUUCUUCGCCUUCGUGAUCGUCCACAUCGCAUCGCGCAAGAACACUGGAUCCAGGAGGAGGUCGCGGUGGUCGAUCUUGGUGGGCGUUCUAGCGAGCCUGGUCGCGCUCGCCCAGCUCGCGGUGCUGCUAUGGCUGCUCGCGACCGAGUGGCCGGUCGAUUCCAUCGUCUGGGUCUUCUGGCUCGCCCAAACGAUCUCGUGGGGCGGCGUGGGCUACUCGGCGAUGGCGUCCGGCGUUCGUCGAGCAGCGAAGUUCACAGCUUGCAUCUGGUGGAUCGCGAUGUUCGUGAUGAACACGGUGAUCACGGCGUGGACGAUCGUGGUGCUCGUCCGGGAGUCCUCGUCGGCGCUCACGGUCUAUGGCAUUCUCUCCAUCGCGGCGUGGCCGGUGUGCUGUGUCCUCCUUGCGGCGGCGGCGGUGAAGCUCCGCGAGAUCUGGAGCGGGCAAGAACAGCGCGACGAGGAGCGCGAUCUCGUGACGCCGCUGCUCAACGGCGAUGGCGGAGUAGAGAUCCCCGAGAAGAAUGUGACGCCGCUAGCGACUGCGGGAUUCUGGAGCCAGCUCUCCUUCUCGUGGAUGAAUCCACUGCUCGACCUCGGCCAUUCCAGGCCGCUGGAGCUCCAGGACAUCCCCGUUCUUCCACCGGAGUAUAGCGCCCAGACCAAUCACCUCGAUUUCGCGCAGCGCCUGGAGCUCCAGCGCAAGCAUGGCGCCAGGAUCUCCGUCUUCAAGGCGCUGGCCGGAUGCUUCGGCAAGGAAUUCCUCUACACUGGAUUCUUGGCGCUCGUAAGAACGUUAGCGCUCUCCUCCUCGCCGCUCUUCACGUAUUUCUUCGUGCGCUCGGUGGCAAAGCCCCAGGGGGAAAAAUUAGGGUUCUUCCGGGUCGAGGGCUUCGCCAUCAUCCUCGGCCUCACGGCCGCGAAAUUCCUCCAGUCCAUCUCGCAGCGGCACUGGAGCUUCCAAUCGCGCCUCGUCGGCGCGCGCCUGCGAUCGGCCGUCAUCGCCGAGGUCUACGAGAAGCAGCUCCGGCUCGCGAAUUCGGCCACGCAGCGCCAUGGCGCGGGCGAGAUCGUGAGCUACAUCGGCGUGGAUGCGUACCGGCUGGGGGAUUUUGCGUGGUGGAUGCACUAUACAUGGACGCUCGUCCUCCAGCUAGGGAUCGCCAUCGGCAUUCUCGUAGGGACGAUCGGAUUGGCGACCCUGGCGUGCGUUGCCGUGCUCGUCGUUACGGCGUGCAUCCAGAUCCCCACCAGCCGCCUCCUCCAGCGCGCGCAGACGAAUUUCAUGGUCGCGCAGGACAAGCGAUUGAGGGCUACCACGGAGAUCCUCACCAGCAUGAAGAUCAUCAAGCUCCAGGCGUGGGAGGAGGAAUUCAAGACGCUGAUCAAGCAGCACAGGGAGGAGGAGCUCCAGUGGCUGGGAUCCAUGCACGGCAAGAGGAGCGUCUCGCUCAUCACGUUUUGGUUUAGCUACACGGUGGCGGUCGCGGUUGCUCUUGCCGGGUAUGCCUUUCUCGGGAACAAGCUCACGGCCGCGGUGAUCUUCACGGUCUUCUCGGCGUUUGGGAACACGCAGGAGCCCGUGAGGAUCGUCCCCGAGCUUCUAGCGAUCAUCACCCAGGUGAAAGUCUCGCUGUUAAGGCUCGGGAGGUUCCUCCAGGACGAAGAAGUUGAUACAAACGCUGUCGAUCGGAGGUCUCUCAAGGGGAACGACGUUGUUGUGCGCGCUCGAGGGGGAUUCUUUAGCUGGGAUGGUUCACACCCGAGCCUGAAGAAUGCAAACUUUGAGAUACAUCGCGGUGAUAAAGUGGCCAUUUGUGGUGCUGUUGGGUCUGGCAAGUCGUCGUUGUUGUCCGCUUUACUCGGAGAGAUUCCCAAGAUAUCUGGAACAGUGCAACUCUAUGGGACAGUGGCUUAUGUCUCUCAGUCUGCAUGGAUCCAAACUGGCACGAUAAGAGACAAUGUGGUAUUUGGCAAACCUUAUGACGAGCAGAAAUACCAGAACGUUCUCAAGGCUUGCGCUCUUGAAUCCGACUUGAAGAUACUUCCGCAUGGUGACAAGACUGAGAUUGGCGAGAGGGGGCUAAAUCUCAGCGGUGGCCAGAAGCAGAGAAUUCAACUUGCUCGGGCGGUGUAUUACGACUCGGAUAUCUAUUUUCUGGAUGAUCCUUUCAGUGCUGUGGAUGCUCACACAGCUGCAACUCUCUUUCAUGAUUGCGUUAUGAAAGCAUUGGCUGGUAAAACUGUGUUGCUCGUUACUCAUCAAGUAGAGUUCCUACCUGCGGUUGACAAGAUUUUGGUGAUGCAAGAUGGCGAAGUCUUACAGAGUGGUAACUAUGACGAACUAGUUGAGUCAGGUCUCGCGUUUGAGAAGCUUGUCAAUGCUCACAAGGAGGCUUUGGAUAACUUCAACAAUCAGCAGCAGGAGCAGCAGAUGAGUGAAAGCAAAUCUAACAAAGACCCUGAGUUCAAGAGGCACAUCAGUAUCGUAAGAAGGAAUUCCAGCAAAAAGCAGCAAGAUCAUAGCGAAUCGUUCACGGCUUCUCAACUGACCGAGAAGGAAGAGAUGGGGGUUGGAGACCUGGGUCUCCAGCCUUACAAGGAUUAUCUGACAAUCUCCAAGGCGAGAUUUUUCUUCAUUGUGGAUCUAGUCGCGCAGGCGGGUCUGGUUGCUGGUCAGGCUGCCGCAAGUUUAUAUCUCGCAAUCCAGGUUCAGAAUCCGGACAUCAAUGCGAAGCUGCUUGUUGGUGGAUACACUUUGAUCUCCUGGUCGACGAGCUUUUGUUUUAUCAUAAGGAUGAGAGCUCAUAUUGCUAUGGGGCUUAAGGCUUCUAGGGAGUUCUUCUACAGAUUGAUGGAUUCUCUGUUCAAGGCGCCGAUGUCCUUCUUCGAUUCAACACCGACAGGAAGGAUUCUGAGCAGGGCCUCGAAUGACAUGAGUUUACUGGACAUCGACCUCAACCAAAUCUCGAACAUCAUAAUCGGGUUCCUGUUUGAUCUUCCCAGCGUUUUCAUCAUACUGAUUUACGUGGUCUGGCCGUACUUCGUCUUCGUCAUACCGAUGUUGUACAUGAUCAAACGAGUCGAGAAAUACUUCCGCUCCACUGCACAGUCGCUCAUGAGGCUGAACGCUAUGACGAAAGCACCAAUUGUCAACAUGUCUGGCGAGACUAUUAACGGCGUUACUUCGAUUCGAGCUUUCGGAGUAGCAGACGAGUUCAGGCGGAAGAACUUGGUCCUUCUCGACAAGGAUGUUUCUCUAUAUAUGCAUAACUAUUCGGUGAUGGAAUGGCUUGUGCUACGUGUAGAAUCGUGCGGGACUGUGCUGCUGUGCAUUUUUGGUAUAAUGCUGUCGACUUUCGACAUCGGCCCAGGCCUUGCUGGUAUGGGACUUUCAUAUGGAGCUCUCGUGAACAUUAGUCUUGUGGUUCUCACACAAUGGUACUGCCAGUUAGCCAACACCAUUGUCUCAGUCGAGCGUAUCAAGCAAUACAUGAAUGUCCCAGUUGAGGCUCCACCUAUUAUUGAGAACAACCGACCACCUCCUGAAUGGCCUAGCAAGGGAGAGAUCGUACUGGAAAAACUUCAGAUCCGGUACCGGCCAAACUCGCCUCUGGUGCUCAGAGGAAUCAGCUGCACCAUUCAAGGAGGCCACAAAGUUGGUGUUGUUGGGAGAACCGGCAGUGGGAAGACGACGCUGAUUGGAGCUUUGUUUCGUCUUGUGGAGCCAGUCGGUGGAACAAUUCUAAUCGACGGAAUCGACAUAUGCUCUAUCGGGCUUCGGGAUUUGCGAACGAAGUUGGGGAUCAUACCUCAGGAACCAACGCUCUUCCGUGGAACAGUACGGUCGAACUUGGAUCCGCUCGGUUCUUAUUCUGACCAGGAAAUAUGGGAGACUCUUGACAAAUGUCAAAUGGGUGACGUGAUCCGAUCUCUGCCGGAACAACUUGAAUCAGGAGUGGCUGAUGAGGGUGGAAACUGGAGCGCGGGGCAGAGGCAGCUGUUUUGUCUCGGUCGUGUUCUCCUCCGACGGUCGCGAAUUCUGGUUCUGGACGAAGCUACGGCCUCUAUCGAUUCAACCACGGAUGCAGUCCUCCAGAAAGUCAUACGGGAGGAGUUUGCUUCGUGCACCGUGGUGACGGUCGCUCACAGGAUACCAACGGUGAUUGACAGCGAUAGAGUUAUGGCACUGCACGAUGGUCGAUUGGCAGAGUACGAGAGUCCUCAAAAGCUUCUCCAGAAUCCGGACUCUCUGUUUGCAAAGCUUGUCAAAGAGUACUGGGCUCAAAGCGGUGGUGGCAAGUGAGCACCGUUUUUGUUGUCACUGAGGUAGUGUAGGAACGUCUCGUCAGAGCAGCAGCCGAGUUCAAUAAAAUAGAGUCAAAGAACACGGCGAUAAUCUUAGGAAAAAUUUUCUCGUUCUCGUUUAUCAAAAAGGUUUAAUUAUUCCGGUGGAUAGAUUCCGAUAAUAUAUUUUACUAAAAUAGUGCUUCCUUUUU